AUGGGCUACGUCGUGGAGGAGGGUGCCGCGAUCUACGGCAGUCAGAAGGAGCAGUACCUGGCAGACCUGCAGCAGCUCUUGAAGGAUGCUCCCACCGAGACGAGGGGCCAGUACCUGCAGGAUAAGCUGGAGGAGCCGACCCAAGAAAUGCUGGCUGUCCGCCUCCCCGAGGUCCUCGGCACUCCCCGAGACGGUCCGGAGUUCGCGGCAUGGCACGUGGAGCCUUACCAGGAGGAGAUGCAGAUGGUGGGUGAGCUUGGCCCGGCGAGGGUGGCUUGGUGCCAGUGGUGGGAUCGAGUUCAGGGGUGCGGUCAAGUCAUUGACUUCGUCGACCGAGUCGCCGUCAAUGUGGUCUCUGCGGCCUUGACGACGGGUGCAAACGUGCAUCCACAAGCGAAGUAUCUCAUGCAGGGCGAGUUUGUGGAGUAUCGGAGGGUCGAGGCAACCGACGGCAAUGCCCGGGCCAUCCUCAUUCGCGGGGUCAAAGGUUGGCCUUUGGCAUGCGAGGUCGCUUCACUGGACCCAAGUAGGGCGCUACCGGCCGACUAG